AGAUCUAACAACAAAGAAAGGCUUUUGCAGCCUGCAACUAUGCUCGAUUUCCCCACAUCUCUGUUUCUUUGGGAAUGAACGUUUGUGGUAGUCACAUGAGUUCCAGGCAACCAACCAAGAUGGGGGACAUCUUGCCAACUGAAUCUGAUCUCCUUGGGAUGAUCAAAGAGUAUCUGAAGUUUGAAGAAUUUGCAGAGACGGUUCAAACGUUUGACAAGGAGUGUAGAACCAAAGGCAAGCUUGUCUCAAAGCCCCGUGGAAAUGCCCUCAGAGACUCGAAGGCACGUGUCACCCAGGAAGACCUCCUGAGCUCCUUUGAUGAUGGAGACCAUAAAGUGUUCUUUGAACUAUGGGGAGAAAAUAUUCCUUCUGAUUUGAAAGACUCAGAUGCUGAAACACAAAACCUUGAGUUCUACCUUCAUGUCCACUUUACCAUCUACCCCUUGAGGAAACACCCAAGUAGACAAGACCAAGCUGAAUUUGAGGACAGGAUUUCUCUCUUCAAGCAGUACCUUGAAACCCGGGGGGCUGCGCUGAGCCAGACUGCAGAGUUUCUGCCUUAUUAUGCUUUGCCUUUUGUUUCCAACCCCACCAUUCACCCCUCCUUCAAAGAUCUCUUUCAGGAUUCCUGGAUACCGCAGUUAAAGGAUAAGUUGGAGAAGUUCCUAUCGGUGACUCUAAAAUCAUCCAAGAUUCCAAGGCUAUUGACUUUAUAUAAGGAGGGUGGAAGGAAUACUAAAGAGGCCAUUCAUCAGCUACAGCUUCAGCUGGCUGAGUCAGAGCGACGCAUAUCCAGCUAUGUACGGAAGUGUAACAAGAUGAAAGCUGACUACCAUAACCUUAUCGGGAUCACUGCCGAGCUGGUCGACUCUCUAGAGGCCACUGUCAGCGGGAAAAUGAUAUCCCCUGAAUAUCUGCAGAGCGUGUUUCAUCGGCUGUUCAGCAGUCAGAUGAGGCAAAGCGCUGCCCAGAGCACAGACUUCACAAGGCCUGGCACUGGAUAUUACUCUAUGAGUCCUUAUGAUGAUGGCUAUGCUUCUUCUUUGCUACGGGCAUCCAUUGCACCACAGCCAAAGGAGGUUCCCAUGCUGCCUUCUCUGGACUAUGAGAAGCUGAAGAAAGACUUGGUUGAUGGCUCAGAUAGACUGAGGUGUCUCCUGCUGCAGGCCCUGCGCUGGAGACUCACUCGUUCACUCCCUGGUGAACAGAGGGACACAGUGCUGCAGGCCUACAUCAGUAACGACCUGCUGGAGCGCUUCAGUACAAAGAAGAAAACUGUGCUGCAUUUGAUGAAAUCAGCAAACGAGGUUGUCCGUCAGUACAUGGCCCGUCUCAUCAAUGCGUUUGCUUCACUGGCAGAGGGCCGGAUUUACCUCUCCCAAAUUCCCAUUCUUCUGCAUCUUCUGACAGAGGCGCUAAGAAAGGAAGACAAAGACUCGCUGACUUGGGAAAAUGUACUAGUCGCCCUGCAGAAACUCAGCCUUAGGAGGAGACAGCAGACGGCCAUGAUCGCAGAUGAUCUUAUCGGCUGGCUUGUGGAUAAGCUGCAGGACUCAGACUGCCUCAGUGACUACACCCUGGAGUAUUCUGCAGCUCUGCUUAUGAACCUGUGUCUGAGGACCAAAGGAAAAAGGAAGUGUGCAGAGAACGCCAAGCAUGUGCUCAAAGUUUUGACUGAUCUCCUCGGACAUGAAAACCAUGAGGUUCGGCCAUAUGUGAAUGGAGCUCUGUACAGUAUCCUGUGUAUUCCCUCAGUGCGACAGGAAGCUAAAGAGAUGAGCAUAGAGGAGAUUCUUCGCUGUUACAACAAAGAGGAAAACCCGGACCUCAACAGACAGAUUGAGUUCAUCAUUAAGCAGCUAAACUCAGACAGUGAAGAGGGACCAGAGUCAGAUGACGAGGAAGAAGAGGAAGACAAUGAAGAGGAUUUAAUGGAAAUGGAACUUGAUAAAGAGGAAGUCCUCCAGCCGCAACAGCGAGAGCUGUCUGGGGAGUCUCUGCUCACCACCGAGUAUCUUGGGAUCAUGACAAACAUGAUGAAAGUGAAGAGGAAUUCAACACCUUUGCCACACCCAAGCGUUGAUGAGCCCUUACAGCGGCCAGUCACCCCUAGUUCUCAUCGAAACGCCAAUACUGGUGAAAAUCGAUCCAACAUUCAAUGCGAGAGUAGCCAGAACAGGGAAUACCCCCUACACAGGCAGAAGAGCGAGGAAGGAAGCCUGAUCCCUACCCGAUACAACUCUCGCCCUCCCACUCGUUCCGGCAGCCGGCCCAGCACUGCCGACUCUUUGCGUCACAGCGUUGACUCAGAAUGUGGACAGUUCUACCAGAGUUCUGAGCUAGACGGGAUGUAUGAAGAUCAAGCAAGGAAAGAAAGGUCCCAGGAGGAACACAAUGGACCUUCUCCCAGUGGGAGUUAUGUCCUUGGAUUUGUGAGCUCCUCUAAGAUCCCACGCACACCAGAUCCCCCGGUUAACCAAAGCAGUGCUCAGCGGAACCGUGGACUCGCCCUGGCCCCCCAGUUUUCCCAGUCAGAACCCCAGCAGGGCAGCCGGCCUGGAACUGCCAGCUCUACAGGAAGAGUGGGGAGUGGAGGCAGGCACUAAAAGAGGAGGUGAAGAGGGAGCUGUCACCAUCGGGGAAGCACUAUCUGUCCAAGCUUCCUGUAACAUCAUCCUCCAGGCUGCGAUCGGGGUCAGGCCAACAGAGAUGGGUAAGGAUCAGCGGCAGCAGAGAGAGGAGGAAGUGGAGUGUGCUUGAAACAAUGUGUAGGAUUGUGGCUCUAAACCCCACAGCCCCCCUCUUUGGAUUUAGCACACUGCUGUGGUAACUUGAUAUGAACUCAGACAAUAAUCACAGCCACCAGCAAAGCAGCCCAGUGAACAGAGAAGUUGUAGAAUUUCUAUAUUUGUCUUUCGUCUAAACAACCCAAGAAGUACGUUAGUUUUAAGUUCCUGUUCAGCUCAGUGGUAUCCCUAUAAGAUAUCAUUGUUUAGAUUUUGAUUUCAUCCUAGAAAAGCAUUUCCAGAUGGGUUUUAUUUUUUUUUUUAUGCCCAUGUUUGUUUGUUUUUUACUUUUUUACUGAUAAUAUAUGGACUGCCUUGGACCAAGUCUGAGAUUUAACAUCAUAUAAAAAGGAUGUUUAAUUUAUCUAGACGAGUUGAUCAAAACUAAAUGGAGUCCAAAUCAGCAAUGAAAACUUCAUAUGAUUUUUUUUUUUCAAUUAUAUAAUGUAUCUUUCCACAUGAAAGG